CAUCUACACCCCUGUUCAGGAAUGUCCACCGAAGAAACGACUACUUCGACAUUCGUCGACGAGCAGGACUACGAUGGCGAUGGCCUCAGUGAGCUCAGCUCCCUGUUACAGACACGCUUCGUUCAUGAGACCACAGAGGACUUCGAGGCACGAAGCCUCAUUGACGAAGAUGUCAUCAAUAAGAAGACCUUGGAGAGAAUCAUGAAGAUGGUAAAAGACAAACUUACGUUCGGGUACGACAAGGAUGCCUGGUGGAAGCCGGUCUGGGUGUAUUUCUCGACAGCCUACCUGCUGGCCCUACUGCUUGGCACGAUAACCCUCCUAGCCGUCUACGUGUUGGUCAUCAGGCGCACGUACCCUUCGAUUUUCACAGUAAUGGUCAGUGCCGAAGAGUCUGCGGACCCUCCCACGACGGCGGUGUCUCACGCCAAGCACUGGACAAAUGCCAGCGGCCAGCAGCCUGCAACGGUGGCCCCUUUGUGGCGCCGACUGUUGACCGCGCGUAAAUCGGAUGAAAGGGAACAUGCCCAUAUGGAACCGAAGGCUAACUCGGCGACGACUACGUACAUACCACUAAUAGAGUGGUGAUGGGCGCUUCAUUGUCAGGUGCCCAAAGCUGUAUUAUAUAACGAUCACUGUACUUGUUACUGACCGUGGCGCCCAUGGGAGAGCCCUAUGCGAUGUCAGACGUAGUGAAGAUUUCCUAGUCUUAACGUAAUAAAGUU